AAUACAAUAUUUGACAUUAACAUGGUUUCAAACUUUAAAAAGCACUGUCUACGAAGAUUUGCGCCACCCACUUCCGCCCUCAGGAUGUUAGUCGGGCGCUGUCCUCCUCAGACUGUCAUGACAUUUGGUUCUGCGGUUCUCGACACACGCUCCGAAGCUUCUGCACAGAGCGUAAUCACUAGUUUUCUUCGUCGUUCUGCAGACUUAAAAACUAAUGCAAACAUAACACUUUAAGCUGAAUUCAUUUUCUCAUUAUGGAGAAUAGAGAGAGUACUUCUUCUGAAAUGAGUCAGGAGAGAGAGGAAAAGAGAGCAGCAUCUCCAAGCCCCAGUGAUGUGUCUCUGAAGAGUGACAUAUCCAUGCCUCUGCCUCCUAAUCUCAGUGAUGGAGCAAUGACCUCUGACCCCAGCAGUCAGAGAGCAGCAUCUCCAGAACCCAGCGGUGUGUCUCUGAAGAGUGACAUAUCCAUGCCUCUGCCUCCUAAUCUUAGUGAUGGAGCAAAGAACUCUGACCCCAGCAGUCAGAGAGCAGCAUCUCCAGAACCCAGCGGUGUGUCUCUGAAGAGUGACAUAUCCAUGCCUCUGCCUCCUAAUCUCAGUGAUGGAGCAAUGACCUCUGACCCCAGAAAUGAUCAGACUGGAAUUCUGGAGCUUGAUUCUCCCCGACUGGAUGAUGUCCUGCAAAGAGUCAAAGAGAAACACAAAAUCAGCUUGAAGGAAAAGUAUGACAAAUUAUUUGAUGGAAUCAAACCACAAGAGUGUGAAACCCCCCUGAAAAGGGACUACACACAGCUCUACAUCAUAGAGGGAGAGAUUAAAGGGGUAAAUGAAGAACAUGAGGUUUUGCAGAUGGGAAAAACACCCAGAACAUAUUCAGAACACAGUCAAAUCAACUGCGAAGACAUCUUUAAAGUCUUACAUCAACCAGGAUGUGAGGAGGAAGACAAAAUCAAGACUGUUCUUACUAAAGGCAUUGCUGGAAUUGGAAAAACUGUGUCUGUGCAGAAGUUCAUUGUGGACUGGGCAGACGGGAAAGCCAAUCAGGAUAUUGAUUUCUUGUUUGUGCUUCCAUUUCGAGAGCUGAACUUGAUUCAACAUCAUCAGUACAGUCUUCGCAGUCUUCUGCUAAACUUUCAUCCAGAACUUAAAGAUCUGGACUCUAAGACUUAUGAGGAGUCUAAAGUUGUGUUCAUCUUUGAUGGUCUUGAUGAAAGCAGAAUGACACAGAUUUUUUCAGACAGUGAGAAAGUUUGUAAUGUGAAUAAGAUUUCAUCAGUGAGUGUGUUGAUGUCAAACAUCAUAAAAGGAGAGCUGUUUCCCUCUGCUCUCAUCUGGAUCACCACGAGACCAGCAGCAGCCCAUCAGAUCCCCUCCAGAUACAUCAACCGUCUUACAGAAAUUCAAGGAUUCAAAGAGACUCAGAAAGAGGAAUAUUUCAGGAAGAGAAUCAGUGAUGAACAUCAAGCCAGUAGAAUCAUCUCACACAUUAGAAGAGCAAAAAGCCUCCACAUCAUGUGCCGCAUACCCAUCUUCUGCUGGAUCUCAGCCACUGUGCUUCAAAAGCUUCUGAAUGAAGAUCAGAAUACAGAAAUCCCACAAACGCUGACUGAAAUGCACAUCCACUUCCUGCUAAUUCAGAUCAACAGGUGGAAUCAGAAGUAUGAAGAGAAACAUUCAGAGAAAAUCCAGCUGUCCAACAGAGAAGUGAUUGUAAAACUUGCUGAACUGGCUUUCAAACAGCUGAUGAAGGGCAAUGUGAUGUUCUAUGAGGAGGACCUGAAAGAGAGUGGCAUAGAUGUCACUUAUGCCUCUGUGUUUUCUGGGAUUUGCACUGAGAUUUUUAAGGAGGAGUCUGUGAUUCAACAGAGGAAAGUCUACAGCUUCAUCCAUCUGAGCUUUCAGGAAUUUCUUGCUGCUUUCUAUGUGUUUUACUGCUAUUUAAUGAAGAACAUGGAAUCACUGCAAGUUCUGAAUGAAAAAAUUGAACAGGACAACUCCAAUGAAGAUUUUCUGUUUGUGGUACUAAAAGCAGCAGUUGCAAAGACUUUGACGUAUGAAAAUGGACAACUGGAUCUGUUCCUGCGGUUCCUGCUGGGCAUCUCACUGGAUUCCAAUCAGAGACUCUUACAGAAUGUACUGACAUACACAGAGAACAAAUCAGAAAGCAUCAAGAAAAUCACAGAGCACAUUAAACAAAAACUUAUAUUUGAUAUUUUAUUUAAUCUUAAUUCUACAAACAGCGAAAAAGGUAGUAAUAGCCAUCUUUUAGCUUACAGAUCCAUCAAUCUUUUCCUCUGUCUGCUGGAAGUGAAAUACCACAAUAUGCUAAGAGAUGUAAAUGAGACAUUGUUCAGAGACGAAUACUCUCCUGAUGAUUGCUCAAAACUUGCCAGUAAAAUUCAGAUGUCAAAGGAGGUGAUGGAUGAGAUGGACCUCAAGAAAUACAACACAUCUGAUGAGGGCAGGAAAAGACUGAUGCCAGCAGUGACCAACUGCAGAAAAGCUCUUUUUGCUGGCUGUAAUCUCACUGAUCAGUCCUGUGAAAUUGUGUCAUCAGCUUUACAAUCCUCAAACUCUUUCCUGAGGGAGCUAGACCUGAGUAACAAUUACAUGCAGGAUUCAGGAGUUAAGCUGCUCUGUGAUGGACUGAAGAGUCCACAUUGUCGGCUGAAGAUACUGAGAUUGGCAUCCUGUAAUCUCACAGAUAAGUGUUGUGAGAGUUUGUCAUCAGCUCUGCAGUCCUCAGAAACUGCCCUGAGAAACCUGGACCUGAGUAAAAAUGAUUUACGGGAUUCAGGAGUGAAGCUACUCUCUAAUGGACUGAAAAGUCUAAACUGUAAGCUUGAGAUACUGAGAUUGUCUGGCUGUAUGGUGUCAGAGGAAGGCUGUAGUUAUGUGUAUUUAGCUCUGAGGUCAAAUGCCUCACACUUGAGAGAGCUGGAUCUAAGCUACAAUCAUCUAGGACAAUCAGGAGUCCAGCUGCUCACUGAAAAAGUGAAUGAUUCAGAGUGCUCACUGCAGACACUCAAUGUGGAUCAUGGAGGAGAAGUCAUGCUGACAGCAGGACUACGAAAGUAUGCUUGUGAUCUCACACUGGAUCCAAACACAGCACACACUCAACUCAUCCUGUCUGAGGGUGAAAAGAAGAUGGCACGUGUGUUGAAGCAUCAACCGUAUCCUGAUCAUCCAGAGAGAUUUGAUUCAUGGUGUCAGGUUCUAUGUAGAGAAAGUCUGACCGGACGUCAUUACUGGGAGGUUGAAUGGGAAGGAGUGCCAGAUAUUGCGGUGUCCUAUAAAGGUAUCAAAAGGAAAAGUGAAGACAAAAACUGUUGGUUUGGUUUUAAUGAAAAAUCUUGGUCUUUGGGCAAUUUUCAUGACUUCUUUAUUCCCCGUCACAAUAAUAAGCCGACUUUCAUACAUAAACCUGGCUCACCCACCCCUAACAGAGUAGGUGUCUUUCUUGACUGGCCGGCUGGCACUCUGUCCUACUACAGUGUCACAGACACACACACACUCUCACACUUACACACAUUCAACACCACAUUCACUGAACCCCUCUAUGCUGGAUUUAAGGUUUAUUUUUCUUAUAUCUCACUGUCUCUUUGUUAAACAGCAAAACAGAAACUGACUGAAAGACAUGACUGCACAUUUUCGGUAGUGAGAGUAAUGUGUUGACAGUAAUUAGUGACCACAUCACAUUACAGGAUUUUAACUCGCAUACUAAAACACUAAUGAUUUGCAUAAUAAAACAUACUAAAAUUUGUAUGAUUUGCAUAACUCUACUAAAAUGUAGUUUAUUUCCCCCAAAUAAACGACUGUGUUUACUUUUGUCAAUACCAAAACAAUGAUGUCACAACCGUCAAGACUGAAACAUGGUGAAGUUUCGGUUUUGACAAUUUUAGAAACUUUUGAGCCUUGCUCAAAGAUGAUAAUCAUCACAUGAUUAGCUAGCACAAUUCUGAACAGUUGCCACACACACACACACACACACACACACACACACACACACACACACACACACACACAAAAAUUAUUGAAUAACCCACAAAAAACAAUGUUGUCAUUAUGGUAGAGACAAUUUUAGAUACUUUUGAGCCCAGCUUAAAGAUGCUAAUCUGUACAUGGUUACCUAGCACAGUUCUGAACAGUUGUAUAUGCAUAAAAACUACAUUUUAUGGAAUAACACCCAAAAAAGUUUGCUUUAUUGCAGAAAAAAGGUGUUCCUUAAAGUUAAUCACAGAUUUCCAGAUUUUUAACACAUUUAACUUAAAAUGAUGGUACCUAUUUACUAUGAAAAAGAGGCCAAGUAUUUAUCACUGUAAUACUCAGGACAUGUUCACACUCUUAAUGCAUUUUAUAUGUAAGCAAUGAGGUACAAGGCUGUGCUGUAUUGUAUAUACAGUCGAGGAUUAAAGGUGUUGUUAGGCACAAUUCAAAGUGAAGCUCACCAUAAGGCACCAAGUUACCAAACUGAAAAAAAUUUGAAAACCAAAAAGUAUGUUGUGAUGGGACGGACUAAACUAUGUCAUAGCAGCCAUUUCUGCCAUUUUUUCUGUCCGACAAGCAAAAAACACAUUUAAAAAGCAUUUAAGGAUUUAAAAUUUUAGAUGUUUAUUAAGAUCCUUCUAUUAUCUACUGAAUCCCACAAUGAGACUGAUUUUAACUAUGCCCCUAGAUUUUUGACCGGAAAUAUUUCUGUGUCCCUCCCUCUAACAGCCUCUUUCAUAAUAGACAGGUACCAUCAUUUCGAGGUAAUGUGUUUAAAUGUCAGAAAAUCUGUGUGUAACUUUAACAGUCUGAGGUCGGCGGUCACGCCGACGUGACCACCGCGUUUUUUUUUCUUACCAGUGUGAAAGAGACACAAAAUACUCCAUCAAUGUUGCACAUACAAUUAAGAGUUAUACACCAUUUU